GUUGCCAAUGCCACAAGUUUCCCUUCUAGCCCUAAAGUUUCACUCCACGGCAGUCCAUCACAAACAGGAACAAGUAUGCUGCACCGGUAUUCGGUGACGUGUUCACUCCAGGAAAGCUGUAAGUGUGCGGUGGAAGUGUAAGCAGUUCCAUGAGACGAUUACGUAGGGGGCGUGUUCCGGAAUGAGGCUCGAAGUACCGGUGUACGAGAAAGUUUACGGAUUCUUCGAAAGGCCCAUCUUGAAGGGACUUCUCAUUCAUAAUGAUGAGGGCAUAAUUUAUCUUAUUAUUCUUGCUUUUGUCAAUUGACGAGCUACGCAAGCACACUCGCGGAACCUUGAAGCUUUCCCCAGUAAAAUUAGCAUGUCUACGUCCACUAUGGCUGAAGUAUUCCUUGCUGCUCAAGAGGACCUUACCGAAGUUGCUAUACAAGAAGAUGAAGUGAACAUUGGCGAAGACGCUGAUGAACUUCUGGCCCUUUCGGACGACAUCGCGAAGAGUAUUUUAGAAUCUGAAGAGUGGCCAUCUUACAUAGAAAGACUGCGGCAAGCCGGCGACGAUGAUGAGCACAUCGAAGAGCUGUUGCUGGCAGAAAGGUCCGGUCGACAAUACCCGCUCUGGAACGCCGACGAACGUAUCCUGGACGACGUUGAUCCACCGCUGCCUGUUGGGUGCCUUGACGUCAAAGCCGAUCUGCCUUCUCUGCACCCGACAGAUGACUUUCCUCUGCUAUCACCAUUGAACAACAGCCUUCGGGUUGACGACGCGAGCCCCACUAACCCUUUACCGCCACAGCAUUGCUUGCGUAGCAGUGUUUCAGACUGUGUUCAACAGACAUCGUCGUUCACACCUGACCGCUAUAGCAAAUCAUGCUCCAGUUCUGUAUUUCUGUCGUCUACGUCAAAGAAAACCAAGAAGCUCGACAUAAUUGAAGAAAACAAGGCCAGUAAAGAACGAAAGCAAUCGUCGUCAUCUAAGCCACUGGGAAGUCAUGUCGGUUCCUCCUUGCACUAUUUGUCUGGGCGAUCGGGAAGCCGGAAUACUGAAUCCCUUUCAUCCGCCAGGUGCUCGGCGACAUCGAAAAAUUCAGGAGAGUGGUCGCCUGACAUUGAACAGCUGCGUGCUUCUUUGACUGGUUCGGGAUCUUCUGGAGAAGGUGAUUUGUUCAAGUCUUCCUUUCGCAUAAGCAAGAGCGGUAGCUCAAUAUUGGCCUUGGAGCGACUCUUUCUGGAGGCGAUCGACUCAACAGCUCAAGACCUACAAUCCCAGGCGCAGAUUCCCGAAGACGUUCACGUUGGUCUGACACGGGCCGCGGCAAGAGAGAACGCUAAUGCGCGCCACCAUACAGCAAUAGCAUCCAGUACCACGAGCAAAGGACUACCCCUGCAACGUCUCGGAAGGGGUGCCUUCGGAAGGGUUUUCGGAGUGCAAAUCAAAGGUCGCCUGGUGGCCGUGAAGGACGUGCGCAAUGUUGCCGAGCCCAGCGAGAGGAACGCGUCGCAGCUGGUGCACCGGCACGUGGUGCGCACCCUGUGUGUGGCUCAGCUGGAGCCACGCCGAUUCCUCGUGGUGAUGGAGUACGGAGGCCCGCGCACCCUCCAGCAUCUGCUGGACGACCGCGGCCCCUUGGGAACCCUCGACGUGUCCCGGUUUGGCCGCCAGCUUGCUUCAGCGCUACACUACUGCCAUCGGAAUAAUGUUUUGCACCUGGAUGUAAAGCCAAGCAACGUGCUUGUUCACAACGGAGAGAGCAAGCUGGCCGACUUUGGAAGCAGUGCGACCCGUGGUUCCCACCCCAAGGUUUGCGGAACGGUGCAGUACAUGGCUCCCGAAGUCCUCCUAGGCCAGCGGCCGGAGUUCAGCGCAGACGUCUACUCGCUAGGUGUUGUCCUCUGGCAGAUGCAGUCUGGUGCGAGGCCUUUCGAUGGCCUCCACCAGCACGCUGUCAUGUUUCAGGUUGUACGAUUGCGAGUGAGGCCUAGGUUUCCUGAAAAUGACCAAGCGACUGAGCUUCAGGACCUGGUGAAACGCUGCUGGAGCCACGAGUGCAACGAGCGUCCCAGCGUGGGCGCUGUGCUUUUGGAGCUGAACGCGCUCAACAAAGUAGCACUCAAGAGCCGCUUCCUGAAGGGGUGACCACUGCGCUGAACCGCAACUGCUUUGCAGUUUCCCUCAUUCGAAAACAGCGUGGUCCUACAACACUAUGCGAAACAACACCCCCUCUCGCACGCGAAGGACGCUCAAGCGCUGCACCUGUUUGAGUUAACGCAUUUUCUUACCACUCGUGACCUAUUUUGCUAGCGUGAAAAAAAUUAGGCAUAAUCUGCACGUGCCCCGUCUUAGUGGUCGCGACAUGUACGGGCCUCUCGUAACCUCGAUUCUCUCGUAGCCGUGUAAAUUAUGCGCGCGCAUUUUUUAUCUCUAGGAAAGCUGAAUAUCCAGCAUAAGCGAUGACCAAAAGGCAUUUCUACCGAAUUCAUGCCACAUGAACAAGGCUCGAGCUGUGUCUCGCACUGUGGUGGCCUGAUCCUACUUUCCUUUUAUUCAGUAAGAAACGAGAAAGCCAGCUUGCCUAUGAUCACCAGAUUCACUUGAGCGUAACAAACAAGGAGGAAGCUUUUUACGGUGCGAUGCGAAGUCACUAUCUAUGAAAUUCGAGCACAGGAUAAGUGUUUACGCUCUGAGUGGUCUGUGUUUUUCCCCAACAAAUAAUGUUGUCGAAAUCGUAGUCUGCGCGGUAUGGAUGAACGCCCAAGUAUGUUCACAGGCACGCGUAGACGGCGCGUAUUCCAGAACAGUGCUGUUUAUACUGCUGCGUGGUGGAGAGAAUAAUUUGUACCCCCCGUAUGUAGUUUUUAAUUACCAAACGCAGUAACUGGACACCAAUGUAAAAUAAUACUCAUAUUUUAGACUGACUUCACUUGCUUCAUACAACAACGUCCAUCAUGCUUUUAAUUUAAAACACCUAUUUCGGACACUGCACAUCACGUUCCAGGUUGGUAACUACGGUACUGACUACAGUGUCCAUCACUCCAUGCACCGAUGCGCCCCGCUAGCACGCUCACGCUUUAACACUUUGCCCUGCAAAUCGCGGACGAGGAAGGCUGAGUUCGUUGCAAUGGAGUGCGCCUCAUCCUUCCACUCAUUCGCCGGUGCGUCGCUCUCAUCUGGUAAUGGCAUGGGCAUGAACGCUUUGUAAGUUGCGAUAUUUUCAUGCACUGCAUGAGGGAGUUGUAUUAUACUGUUGCCCUUGUUACCAACAGUGGGAAGAUGCUGCACGUGUUUUUAGUCUUGACGCAUGUCGUGAAUAAACUCUACCCCUAUGCUU